CAAAGUGCAAGAACGUUGGCAAAGAGCCAUAGUGAUUUUACAAUAUUGAUUUAUCGUUCACACAAGCGGAAACGCCAGAACCAGUGAAGAAAAUACAUUAGAUUGUCAGCGCAGUUAAUGUAUGCUUGCCUCAUUUGAAAGAAAGUAUAUCGUGUCUCGCGUGUAAAGUGAUCGUCUUUUAACGCCAAUUAUGUCCGCUGUGAUGCUUAUUAAUAACCCAUUUGCCUAACGCCGGAGGUUGGAAGCGCUCGAUAAUGCAGUCUCAUCUGAACUAAGAAUACAGACACGUUGUAUGAAGCGACAAAGUGAAAUAGCCAUGUACUAUAGAUUAGAGUAUGGCCUUCAGUAUGGUUACAGAAAUGUAAGUAAUCCUAUAUAUAGUGUGAUACAUUGUUAUGUUUCUUCGUUUUCAAUGCACAGUGGGUGGUACUUAAUAUAAACAUCUAUAGCCAUACGCGGUUUGCAUUGAGCGUUUCGCCAUACAUUUCUCUUUAUUGGACGAUUCAUUGUCUGGUUUUACGAAUUGAAGAAAUACUCAGGAACCUUGGUUCUUGUUUUAGGAAGAGCCCAUUGUAUAAUUGUUCGUGGUUGCGCCUUCUGUAUUUACUAUAUUGUUGUAGAGACUGCCGUUUGUAAUAAUGCUUAGGAAAUAGAAUGAGUUAUUAAGCCUAUAGUAUAUAGUUAUAUUUGCUUUGAAAGCAAAUUGGAAUUAGCUACAAAUACAAAGCCCUGAGGUAUUGUUAUCACUGUAAUCCAGAGACCUCAGGCACGCUAUAUGUUUGUAUACACGUAAUGUUUGCGAUAUUUCAUAUAUAAAAUAUAGUUGUACUUAUAUAAGUAUAGUGAAGCAGAAUGAUUCACUUGGAAACAAUAUCAAAUCCCAGACAUAGUAGCAAGAAGAAUACAAAUAUCAUGCAUUGUCAUUAAAUCAUGCGUUUCCAUUGAAAUUCCAGUAUGUGGCGUCAGUGAUCCUGUUACACUACACAACCUUAGAAUAACCUAUUUGUACAGCAACCGAAAUUCAACAUUUUGCGCUUAUAUAAAAUGCAAAAUACCAUGGUCUCAUUUUGCCAUUCUGUUUGAAUUUUAAAACAAGAAACUGUAGAUUGGCCAUUUAAAACUUUAAAGGUAAUUAUUGUUCUCUAGAAAAUUCCUUAGAAAAAUUACAGCAAAAAAUGCCCACUUCAAAAUGGCCACUUUCGAUAAAGGCAAUCUUCGAUGAAUGGUAUAUCUACUGAAGAUUACAUUUUAUUGCAAUGGGUUUUCUACACAAUUCCUUUCAUUUAUAAACUACUUUAAACAAGAAAUCGCAAUCAUGACCUGUAUAUAUUCUCUUCCCGUUAUUAUAUUUAAAUUUCAUUCUUCAAGAGUAAUUUUUGGGGUAUGUUAAAAAUUUAAAAAUUGUAUAUUUUGGGGCAGAAGAAUAUGUUCAUCUCGUAGCUUUCUGGUGACUUUUUCUCGAACUUGAGAGAAAGAUAAGAGCUCUGUGGCAGAUAUUCUAAUACGACUGCAAAUUGACAGUAAAAAAUUGACCACCUGCCACAUGACCGGUUUCGUUGUGAAUUUAAAACAGCAAUAGAAAGUACGAUGCUAAAUGUAUAAGACUCUGUGCUUGUUAGCUUUCUAAAGUGAACUAAAUAAGUUGUUUAUUGAAUAAAAGCAACUGGACGGAUGUAGUUAAAUGAGCUUUAUGUGAACACUUAUAAAUAGGAUCAAAAGGUCUUGGCAUUCUAACAAAGGUCGCACGUUAAUGUGCACUUGUCACGGCAACUUUAGCCUCACGCUAUGUCUAUGAUUAUCUUUCAAUAUUCUAAAACGCGAGAGAGUUCUCGCUUGGGUUUCAGCGCGAAUCCUCAUCGACUACCAUCAACUUUGAGUUGUUUCCAAUUUUGAUGAGAGUUGUCGAGGUUUGACCGAAAACUUCCCAUAAAUUUUAGUAAAAAAAUUUAGUCCAAAUCCCUCGUCAUCCCAACAGAAAUGCAUCAAAAUCCCGAAAAUCGAGCUAAAAUAUCCUUUAAAAUCCUCGGAAAAUUUUGCAAAAAAUCCCUGAAUAAUACUACAGGGAUUUUGAAAUCCCAAAAAUCUUCGUACAAAAAUCUUCGUACACUGUAAUACAGCCCAUUGGCAGGAUUUCGAGAUUUGUUUGGAAGUGUACGAGGAUUUUUGGAGAAAUACAUCCUUCAGGGUUUGAUGGGUGAUAUUCAAUCAACUGUCAUGCAACUUUAGUUCGACCGUGGGGUAUGCGCUCUCUCGUGCUUGCCAACUCCCCUCGUUCUCAUGGUCCUGCAGGGAACGCAUGAAAGUAAACGGAAUUGAGUGCAGUUAACCGUGUGAGGGGCGCCCUGUGGGCCGGGCGGAUUUGCGCACGAUUGUGGUCAGAGCUCUUAGAACUGAUAUCUGUAAGACUUUCCCUCAUCCACUCUGGGGAACGCAUGUGUUCCGGGCGGAUUUGCGCACGAUUUUGAGUUAUUCUUCCUGUGGAAUUAUGGAUUGUGGUCAGCUCUUAGAACUGAUCUCUGUAAAACCUUCCCUCAUCAACUCUGGGGAACGCAUGUGUUCCGGGCGGGUUUGCGCAUGAUUCUGAGUCAUUCUGCCUGUAGAAUUAUGGAUUGUGGUCAGCUGUAAUAAGCAACUGGUCUCUGUAAGACUGCAGGCUCGACCCCCACCAGAGCGCUUAUAUACAGUAAAUUGUAAAUGCAUUCCUUGUGAAUUCCAUUCCAUUGGGGAAUUAACUUUCUAAAGAGAUUCAAAAACGUCGACUCGUUAUAUUUGUGGAAUCUUGUUUCCUCUCGAAAGCGUGGUUGUGAAAUAAUUGCUAAUAUAAACCUGCGUUUGAGUUGUUUAAAAACAGUCUUUGUUUAGUUGCCGGAAAAGUGGAUGAUUACGUGUAUUUGCUCCGGAAAAACGCAAAUAGAACUAAUGAGAUCUCGCACAAGUGUCUUUAACGCGAUAUUCGAGUUUAACUUUACGCUCUUUUAUCAAUUCACAGCAAAAUUCCGCAUUGCCAGUCGUAGAAUCAUGCAAUCUCAUGAAUGAGUGUCUUAAUUAGCUUCGCUCUAUCGUCAACGUCUUCGAAUCCUGGCAGUCCACUUGCCUGUAGGCGUGGGAAUUGCUUUUCAAAAAUUUGCGUAGCUUAACUAAAUAAAAUUAUUGUGAAAAAUUUAAAAUAAUAUAGAAGAGUAAUUAAAUAUCUAGCCGUAUAUCAAUAUAUUUUCAUUGAUUGACCCACAAUCCGUGUUUUUAGGAGCAUUCAUUCAUGCAUAUUUACUUUUACUAAUUCCUCAUCCAAUUUCCGUCCAAAUUUGACCGAAAUGUAAUCAAUUUGUCCUCGUGGCAAGGUCAAGAAUUGCCACAAAUGUUUGGAUUAAUACGUUCGAUGAAAUUCAAACCUCGUGGCGGUAUUAACAAAUAUAUUUUAGCUGAUGAGGUUUCCUCAAGUUGGUACAAUGUGUGAAAGAAGAGGGGAGCCUAACACCAAGCGAAUUUGUACAAAAAUAAAUUCAAAAUGGCUAACAUGUUUUUAACUACAGUUGGUUUUCAAGCGUCCAACUUUUUAAAUGUGUUAAACACGGAUGUUUCCACUUUAGGCACUUGAAAUUCUCAAGUGCAAAUCCUGUUUUCCCCACAAUAUACAGGAACCGAACAAUAUCUCUGACAGGGUUGACAACUGAAUGAAACACUCUUUCAUCUUGCGCUGUUUUUUUAUUACGCCUAGUAUAGUUUAGCCGUUAGCUUCUUCUAAUGAUCUCACGAGAAGCCGUUAGAUACUUAGAUCUGAAAAGUUAAGUUUUAGUUAUAUGGGAAAUUUGUUAUGGAUUUUGAAUUGAAUAAUGUUUUGUAUAUUUCUGAUGUUGCUGGUAAAGUGGUAUGAACCUUUUACAAUCUGUGUUUGUCUUUUUGAUCUCAUCUGACCAGAGUUUAAUGCGCUGUUCUUUUAUUUUAUUUUUUCGCCUCGUUGUGAGAAAGGCACAGGACUGGAUAGCUCUAUCAGUUCUAAACCGUUCUUCCUAGAGGUCCAGUAAGGAUCAUCCCUUAUUGAUUCAGUGACAGUGUUACUACUAAACCGAACUAACUUUAUUUAUACUGGAUAGCUCUAUUUGCUAUUAGUUCUAAACUGUUCUUCCUAGAUGUCCAAUAAGGAUCAUCCCUUAUUGAUCCAGUGUUACUACUAUACCGAACUAACUUUAUUUAUACUGGAUAGCUCUAUCCGUUCUGAACUGUUCUCCCUAGAGGUCCGAUAUUGUAAUGAUAUUUUUAUUGAAAUGAAAUGAAAGCAAAGUGUAAAAUUCAUUGUUUAAGACAAAUGUUGUUCCUUUCUUAGACUGAAGUGAAAAAUGAGGUGUACGUUCCAUCUGGUAAAAACAUCAUUAACGACAGUCCUUGGCCGCCAGACUUUGAGCCCACAGUCAAGGAAAUGCGGCGCAAGCUGUACGAGUUUGGCGGGAAAAGGGAAGGCUUAGACGAGCCUCCCCGAGAAGAGAUGCGGAAACUGAGGCAGUAUUAUGCUGUGAAGUUUCGAAGCUGGUUGAAGGAUGGCAACCGUGAUAUGAGCCAGUUGUUGUGUCAUUAUUAUGCUGUGGCCAAAAUGAGUAACCGUUGCUGGGAACGAGCUGUCUCGAUCAUGGAGAAAUACAGGUUGGCCUCUUUGCGCUCUAUAUUUUCACUAAACUUAUCAGUUAGCUCUCUCCUUAUAGAGGUCCAGUGAUGAUAAUUUCUCAUAGAUCCAGUGUUACUACAGGAGGAAACCUAAAUUAAACUAACUUUAUUGUGCUGGAUAGUUCUAUCAGUUCUAAACUGUUCUUCCUAGAGGUCCAGUAAGGAUAAUCUCUUAAAUGAUCCAGUGUUACUACAGGAGGAAAAGUAAACUAAACUAACUUUAUUUAUACUGGAUAGCUCUAUUAAUUCUAAACUGUUCUCUCUAUAGAGGUCCAGUAAGGAGCAUCUCUUAUUGAUCCAGUGUUACUACAGGAGGAAACCUAAACUAAGCUAACUUUAUUUAUACUGGAUAGCUCUAUUAGUUCUAAAUUGUUCUCUCUAUUGAUCCAGUGUUACUACAGGACUUUAAAUGCAUACAGGAUAGCUAGUUUUCUUCUAUAGUAACAUUUGAAUCUUGUAAGUAUUACAUUAAUAAAACAUUGUCUUUCGUAGGCUUGGUCUUCUCAAAGAUAUGAGUAAAGGUCUUCCCGUGAAACAAAGCAUCUUUCAAUUUGUUGAUCGUGGCAAUGAAGAAUACACAUAUGACAUUAUGUGUAAGGUCGAGCGUGGAGAAGUGAGUCUACAGGAGGCGAAGCAGAAGUAUCGCAUGAUCUUGGAUAAACGAAAGGCAAAAAUUAACACAGCCAAGAGAUUAUCAACAAUUGAAGGUGAGAAGGAAGAAUAUUUUUUCUGGUUGUCCGGUUUUCCUCCUCACCAAGAAUAGUAAAGCUAUAAAACUACAGAUAUGAAUUCGCAAUAAAUAAAACGAGACUUUAAUUUAUAAAUGGUAAAGUUUUAAUCUGUGUUAUACCAAUCAAGGGACAAUUUUAGAAAAAUCGCUAUAAUGGGCAGUAUGCCACCAUAUCAAUUUCUAUCUCUUACCCAUAGGAAAUCGUGAAGGCUUUGACUGA